UUGUGUUCGCUGCAGCCACCGGUGGGGGUUAGCACCGAAAGCGAUUAUGCGGCUGUUGGGCCUGCUGCUGUGUGCGGCGGCGCUGGUGGCUGCGGCGGUGCCCGGCUGCCGGGCUGCGCGCAUCCUGGGCCUGUUCCACUUCCAGGGCCGCAGCCACUGGGCCAUGGUGGAGCCGCUGCUGCAGCAGCUCGCCGCCAGGGGGCACAACCUCACCGUCGUGUCGCACUUCCCGCAGAAGAGCCCGCCGCCCAACUACCGCGACGUCAGCAUCCGCGGCUCGGUGCCGACCAUCGUCAACAACCUCACCGUCGACUUCGUGCGCAGCCUCAAUGUGGUGUUCUUCAUGUGGCAGAACACCUACGACUACUGCGAGAACAUCUUCGAACAUCCCGGACUGACCGAAAUCUUGACGACGAACGAGAAGUACGAUCUCAUAAUGACGCAGGUGUUCGGGGCUGACUGCUUCGCCGGCUUCCUGCACCGCUUCCGGGGAACGCCCGUGGUGAGCCUGACGACGAGCGUGAUGCUGCCCUGGAGCAACACUCGCAUGGCCAACCCGGACCACCCGGCCUACAUCCCCAACUACUACCUGCCGUACGGCCCGCGAAUGAGCUUCACCGAGCGGCUCGUCAACACAAUCGCCACGGUCGCCACCAACGUCGGCUUCGACUACUACUCCGCCAGCCUGGUGGACCGCCUCAACAGGCGAUAUUUCGGCAAGGGGAUUCCCAGGACGGCGGACUUGGUGACAAACACGAAUCUGAUGCUGGUGAACAGCCACUUCAGCAUCAACCACCCGCGGCCCUUCGUCCCCAACGUAGUGGAAGUCGGCGGAAUGCACAUCCCCAGCAAGCCUAAGAAACUGCCAGAUGAUAUGAAGCGGUUCCUGGACGGGGCCCCGGAAGACGUGGGCGCCGUGCUGUUUACGUUCGGCUCGCUGGUGCGGACGGAGACGAUGCCGCUGCAGAAGCUGGUGGCCUUCGUAGCCGCGUUCAGGCAGCUGGCCCCGCAGCGCUUCAUAUGGAAGGUGGACGCGUCUGCCCUCGCCGAACUGGGACUCACCGUCCCCGACAACGUUUACACGGCCAACUGGGUGCCGCAGUUCGACGUGCUCAGCCACCCCAAGAUGCGGGCGUUCAUCUCCCACGGCGGCCUCAUGGGGACGCUGGAGGCGGUGCACUGCGGAGUGCCGGUGCUGGGGAUCCCGCUGUUCGCCGACCAGAAGCUCAACGUGCCCAACAUGGUGCGCCACGGCGUCGCCAUGCAGUUCGAGCUGGACUACGUCAACACCGACCUGCUCGUCUACGCGCUGCGCAGGAUCACCGCGCCGGGAUCAAAGUACCGGCUGCGCGCCAAAGAGCUGUCGUGGCAGUUCCGCGACCGGCCGCGGACGCCGCUGGAGGAGGCGGUGUACUGGACGGAGUACGUGAUCCGGCACCGCGGCGCGCUCCACAUGCGGCCCGCCUCGCUGCGGCUCAGCUGGUACCAGUACCUGCUGCUCGACGUGCUCGCCUUCAUCGCGUGCACCUUCUGCCUCACCACCACGCUCACCUGGAUCCUCCUCAAAAACUGCCUGUGCACGCACAGUCAGAGGAAGCGCAAGAGGUCGCGGAUCGAGAGGAGGUUCAGAGCGACCUGAGUGACCGCGCACUGGGCCGACACCGUCCCCCGACCUGUGACGUCCUGUUUGUAUACCUGGCUGAAUACUAGCUCGUAGUAGGAAUCUCUUACUCCUUGGCUUCUGGAGACUGAGAAGCAUUUUUCAUUGGGGAACAUCUUUAAACUGCCAUUAAUGAAUUGGUAGGUAGUUGCUUACCACUAACUAUUAUAGACCAGUUUCCGACACGUUCCACUAUACAAGUUGACUGAUUACUCAGGAAAGUAUAUGGCGCAUAGAGGGACAGACACAGUGCUAAGGGCAAAAUUGUUUUUGUCGUGUUACUGUGCCAAAAAAAUGGCAAAGUAGUUGAAUUUCUUGACAUGGAGAAAGGUGAAGGGAUCUUUUGAAAGUUUUCGUGUGCCUGUGAAAGCUAGAAGGGAACAUCGGCAAGACUGCACUACUUGCGCGCGCUGUAGCCGUCUCUGAAGGCGGCUCUUCGUGUUUACAGCUGAAACGUCCCGUGGCAUGAAACUGCCUGCACGCACUGUGGUAUCGGAAACGUGUGGCUCGCAUUUCCUUAUCCGUCUGCUCUUCCUCAGUGUUGAAAUAAGUUAUUUCCCGAUCUUGCCAGCGCUAGCUGAUACAAAGCAGGACUUUGAUGUAUGAACAGAUACGUAAGUGUCUCUCUUUCUCUUGCUGCCGGCCGUAGUGGCCGAGUGGUUCUAGGCACUACAGUCUGGAACCGCGCGACCGCUACGGUCGCAGGUUCGAAUCCUGCCUCGGGCAUGGAGGUGUGUUAUGUCCUUAGGUUAGUUAAGUUUAAGUACUUCUAAGUUUUAGGGGACCUAUGACCUCAGAAGUUAAGUCCCAUAGUGCUCAGAGCCAUUUGAACCAUUUUUUUUUCUUUUGUUAACAGCAAGUCGAGGAUGAAGCACAACAACGGAACUUGGCUCCUUUCUUUUUUCUUUUUUUUUUUUUUUUUUUUUUUUUAACUGGCUUUCGAUACAUACCCUUACAGUCGUAUCAACAGUGGAAUCAUUUACAAUGAUACGAACGUUAAGAUAACACAACACUCAGUCCCCGAGCAGAGAAAAUCUCCGCUUCUUGGCAUCUCGUGCAUAUCGACAAUGUGGUUCUCGGACUACUUUUCCUUACUUAUGACUCACAAUCCGGAGAAUCUACACGUCAAGGCAGGCUUUUCCAAUAACUUAAGUUUCCACAGACGUCUAAGAUUAUAUUCUUUCACUCCUCCGCCAACAUUUGUAGCUGCUUUUAUCUGGUAGAUGGUGCUGUAAUUCGUGAGAGAAAUACUCAGCUCCUUUUACAUCACAGCCCUAGUCUCGUCAUUCCGUUUCAUUUAAACCACUUGUUUAUCAUCUACUUUCCACGUAGGAAAAACAAAACCCCUUUAUACUUCAAUUAAUUUCUUCAAGGAGGAAAACAAAAUCACACGCACGAGAUGGCAGUACGUGUAGGAAGCGUUGGUAGCUUCGUGUAGAAUCUGGACCUACCGAAAGUGUGGCACAACAACAGUUCACCUUCCAGUUAUUAGCGUCGCAUUGGUAUGAUGCCAAUUCGUGACGUACGACAAUAGGCAGUUAAGGUUUCAGUGUUCUAGUGUAGCUCUUUGGUUUUCUCUGUGGUGAAGUGUCACGUUACACAUCCAAUGGCCCGGGAUUCGACCCACGGUCAGUGGUAAGAUUUUUAUCUGUUACUUAUUGUUGUUUACACUCUGUAAAUGGUUGUUGAUGUUGAGAAUUCCGACUUGGUCGUUAUUUCGAGUCGUAAACUGUAGGUCUGGGCAAGUCAGUCCAGAGGUCGGAGUAGAAUUAAGAUCGCUGAGCACUGCACUUACCAAACCGCCAAACAUUGGCCCUUAUCAUUAUGACACCACAUAGAUUCAAAUUUGGUAGCGAACGGCGCACUUUGACAUCUGUUAUGUUCGUACAUGUCCACCGAAGCACCACUUCCUGUAUCGAGAGAACGCCUUAUAAUGACCCGUGGUCCGAGAUCGCCCCGUGUUUUUACCACUGUAGUCGGCUGCAAGCGUUCUGCUUCGUAAUCCUUCUCUUACUUUCUGCAGUUCUCCCUUGGAAAUCAACUGUAAAAUCGUAUCCACCCCAACAGUAAUUACAGACUACACGCACGGUUGUCAACUGAAGCUACUUGAGAAUUUUCUCCAGCGAAUGUUAGUGCGCAUACGUCAUCACCUAUCGAAAGCAAAUCUGUCUGUUUUGUUAGUCGAUGACAGGGGUCUAUAACUGACGGAUCACUGUUUCACAAACGUGAGUAAAUCUGAAUUACGAUGAACAAAGUUGAAUGAGAAUUCAGAGAUGGAAAGACGGAAUCGAUGUUACCAAAUGUGCCUCCUCCUCCAGGUACGCUCAGCUAUCCUCCAUAGUCCAUGUCCACAUUAGUAACAAUCUCCACAAAUAUCACAUAAGUAGAAGAUGGAUGCUCUCAGUGUUGAACAGCCUAGGUUCCAGUGUUUUUCUUCUGUUACAUAAUCUAAGUUAUUGUUAUUGUAUGGUAUUUAUUUAAUUAGAC